UAUUGUAAAAAAAAAACCAAUUGAAAGUAAUAAUUCUUUUAAUUCCUCAUUAAACGGUUCAACACUUAAUAUCGAAGAUAAAAGGCCAAAAAUUUUACUAAAUCUUCGAAUUCCCGUCAAUGAUAUAGAUCAAAUAUGUAACCCAAAAAGUGAUAGUAACUGCAGAUUUUGGGCACUUGCUAUUGCCAUUCAGAGAAAUGAAAAAAACUGGAAUCUUGUUAAAUUAGCUAUAAAUAGUCAAUUGAAUAAGCGUAUAGAAAUUUAUAAAGACUGGCUAGAUUAUGCACAAUUGGCUGUUAAUACUUUUUCCGUCCCUAUUGCUGUCUUUGAUAAAAGGGAUGAACA